AUGGAAUGUAGUGUAUGCAAAGGACCUACGAAAUUAUGCUGUUCAAGGUGUAUGAAAAGUUAUUACUGUAGUCGAAUGUGUCAAAAGAAAGACUACUCCAAACAUAAGAUCGAAUGUUCUCCAAGGUCUGCAGACCUUCUUGUUACAAGUGUUUUUGACGAUUUAAUACCCACGAAUGAAGCAGUACUUUACGAAUAUGGCUUUAAUAACUGUAUAGAAAAUACAAGAGAUCAAUGUAUGAUGCUAGGUUUAUAUGCUGGCCUUCAUAUUUACACAGACCACGAAACAAAUGCUCAUUUUUUAAAAACCAUUGAUAUUUCAAAUCUUUCCGAACGUGAUCAAAAAGUUCCCUUCGAAUCUUUUUCAGAACCAAAGCGUCAUAUUAUUGGUUUAUACAUAAUUAUACUCACAAAUUGUAUUCCAAGAAUUGAACUUGAUUCCUGGAUUGACUUUGGAUUUGCUAGUUGUAAAUAUGAUGAUGAUUGGAUAGGAGAAAAAGAAGUGCAGUUGCUUUCACUAUAUCGAGAACUUAUCAUUAAAAAGAAUUGUAAGAUUGAUGAAUUCAAUGAUGCGUACGUGUCUGGAAAAGUAUUGGAUUUGUUAAAAAGAAAAUGUGAUAAUAACCCUUGGUUAUCAGAAAACAAAUUGGUGCUUCGAGGAUACAGACAAUCAAUGAAAAGUGUCUAUUCUCUUAAACAAUAUGUGCUUUGUGAAUUCUUAGGACUUGUAAAUCCCUUGCGAGUAGAUUAUGGCUUUAUGAAUUAUCGUACAGAAAACGAGAUUAAAAAUAUGUAUCCCAAAUUUGAUCCACAAGAGUUACGUGAGGCCUGUAUAAAAGGAAAAAUUUUCAAUUAUGUAAAGUCUAUUCUUCCUUCUAAUGAAUUAAAGCCAAUCUUUUGA